AUGAAGUCCUUCAUCGAGACACUUGGCGAAGGAAUUCGUUCAACAGCCGUCCUCGAAUGUUUGGACGACCAAGUGCUGAUCGUAGCGACGGCGUUUAACAUUUCGUCCUCCCUAGCCACGGCCACUAUCUUCGAGCGUCUACGACGAGAAUUUGGCGUAUCCUCGACGCCGUGGGCCGCCCGGAGGUCCCUAAGGGUCAGGCGCCAACUGACAGGAGAGUCAGCAGGCGAAUACCAAAGCCAUGACCGCGUUUUGGCAAGCAAAGCCUACCCAGAUGCCAGCUAUGUCGAUUUAGAAUCGAAGAUUCUGGACAUCUUCAUUGAAGGUGAAAUUAGUCCUGAUGUAAGGCGCCAAUUCGUUCGUACCCCACCAGCCUCCAUUAAGUUGGCUAUCGAGUACGCCAGACAAGAGGAGUCGGCCUUCAUUGCCAUGCCCCAACGCGAAGUUACCCCCUCGAUGAACUUCGGUCCCCGG